GUGGCUCAACUUUACGAGGACUUAAUCGCAUUUGACAUGAAGGCUAACCGUGAUGCGGGCAAGUCCCGCAGCCUGCUGAUGAAGGCGUGGGACCUUCGUGAGGCAUACAAAAAUCUGCCGCUCCAUGAAUCAUCUCUUCAUGAGAGCUACCUGUGCGUUUACGACCCAAGCUCCCAGACGACGCAAAUCUUCGGACAAUUUGUCUUGCCCUUCGGGGCGCGAUCCAGCGUCCAUGGAUUUUGUAGAGUUUCAGCAGCCUUAUGGCUGGCUGGAGUCAGCAUGCUGCGGCUGCACUGGUAUUCAUACUUCGACGACUUCCCAACCAUUGAGUCUGAGCAUACCUGCCCCAUCGCACAAAUGGGUGUUGACUUUUUGUUCACGCUUCUAGGCCUCGAGUACAAUCUUGAAGAUGGCGAGCGGCUCAGAGGCCGCCUCAACUUCAUGGAUGGCCAACUGUUCGGCAAGCUCUCCCAGCACGCCUUCCGGGGAUUGACCAGACACGUCCUUGCGGGGGGCGGGAAGCUUGGCUCAUCGACCAGAGCACACUUGCAGUUCCUUAGGGACAGAAUGUCCAAAGGCAGGCCCCGGCGAGUUUCCACAGCCUUACAUGAGACGAUGCACAUAUUCGUGGACGCCUGCCAUGAGCCGGGCUCUACUGAACCAGCUGGGCUCGGAGGCAUCUUGCUUGACAGCUCUGGUCGGUACCGAGAGUACUACUCCGAGAUGCUUGAUGAAUCGGCCCUUGCAGCCAUCAAUGUUAGGAUGAGUGGGAAUCCUAUCUUCGAGCUUGAGUGCCUGGCCAUCUUGUGCGCCCUCCACUUGUGGCACUCGUACCUUUCUGGCAAGCACCUCGUUGUUUACACUGACAACAAUGGUGCUCUGGGUUCGAUGAUUAAGGGUCACUCAGAAAAUCUUGAAGGCGACGCCAUCGUGAGGCUAGUCCACACGAUUCUUGAUCUUUCUGAUUGCAUAGUGUGGUUCGAGAGAGUUUGCUCCUCGAGCAACGUUGCGGAUGAACCUUCCCGUGGUGUGCUCCGUCCGUCGUGGGGCGAGAGAAAGAGGUGCGAUCCCUCUGACGUGUUUGCACUUGCCAUUAGAUAG